AUGCCGAAGGACGGGAGGCGGCGCAGGAGGGGGAAUCCGGAGACGGAGACGGAAGCGAGGAAGAAGAGGAAGACCAAGAGAAGCGUGGCAGAGGAUCGAAGAUUGAUGUUCGCGGCAUUCGAGAGUGAAAAAGCAAAACCCCGACCAAAAUUAGAUCCUGUGUACGACGACGACGACGAUGCGGUCGAGUCCUCGUCGGAGGAAUCCUCCUCAUGUCCACCCAGCCCUCUCAUGUACAGACCCUACAUACCCGAUGAGCUAGCUGAUGACCCGGACCUACGUGCCGCCCUCAGGAUCGCCAACACCGAAUAUCAUGCAGAUAGAGCCUGUCGGUUAGCUGUCUUUGAUCGUUACUCUUCUAGUUCAUGCCUGUCCAACGACCGACGCCUUCUUCAUAUCCGCGAGCAUGCAAAGGAUGCCGUGCUUCUUGCCGCCGACUCUAUCAUCACCCUCUCGUCCUAUCUCGAAGCAGACGACGAUGAGCCGUUGAAUACGUGUUGUGGUUUGUGGAUUCAACAUGACAUGAAGAAGAAAACCGCCGUGGUUUUGACGUCCGCGCAUCUGAUUCGCGCAAAGGAUCCAUCCGUGAGGAACCCGUGGAUGCUCGGGUCCACAUGCGAAUAUCAUCGCGAUGCUGAGGUCAUUGUUCACUUGUUGGACGGCGAAACUGCAGUAGCCACUCUCCUCUACCUCGAGGAGCACUAUGAAUUUGCUCUUUAUGAGGUUGUAGUGGACAAACCGGUUCAGUUGCCCACUUUUAACGACAACGUGCAUUCUGGUCAAGACGUUUUCCGACUUGGAAGAGAUGAAAGUCUUGAUCUGAGGAUAACACAUGGUAGGGUGGAAUAUGAAAUUCCAACCCGUCACGAGAGAUGUCACUACAUGUAUUUUUCCCACGAUGAACGUACAAGUUUGCAUGACGAUGGAGGCCCUGUCGUUGACUUAGAAGGCAAGGUUGUGGGAAUGGUUCACAAUCAAUUCAAAGAGACCUUUUUACCUUCUUCUAUAUUGCACAAGUGCUUGGAUUCGUGGAGAAAGUUGAAAUGCAUCCCUCGUGCCCACCUUGGAAUGACCUUUACUUCCAUCAAGCUUCUAGAUCCUAUUUGUAUUGAGAGGAUGAGGCGUAAGCAUAACAUUGCAUCUGGUCUUCUUGUUGAACAGGUGUCAAAAGAAUCGAAUGCUGAGAAACUUGGAAUCCGCAUGGGUGAUGUUAUUGAACGCUUCAAUGGAGAGUGUAUUUCUAAUACAACUGAGUUGGAAAAGAUGUUGCUGGAUAUAGGCGGAGACCAUUUUGAUCAAGCAAAAGUCUUAAAGGCCGAAACAGAUGUUCGAAUUCAAAUAUUCCAUGCCACAAAACGUUGCCGAAGAGUUAGAAAUUUGACCGUAACUGUAUCGGAUUGUGGAGAGGACAUCAUAGAAGGCACUUACCCUAUUACUGAUGGCCUUUGGAGAUGA